AUGUAUGAAGACAACCAAGGAUCAAUCGCUCUCGCCAAGAACCCGGAGUUCCAUAAGAGAACAAAACACAUCGACAUACGCUACCAUUUUGUGCGUGAGAAGGUGGAAUCAGGUGAAGUCGUUUUGGAGUAUUGCCCGACUCAAGAUAUGCUGGCAGACAUGAUGACCAAGCCGAUCGCCGCUGUACAAUUUGAAAACAUUCGCGAUCGACUUGGGAUCCAAGGUGCCGCAGCUAACGAGUCGAGAGGGAGUGUUGAAAAGACAGCGGCUGUGAAGAAGACACCUCGUCAAGCUGCGUCAAGUGUUGAAGCAAGUGGAAGACCAAGCUUCGCUAUACCGGUGGGUACCGGUAUGUACCAUUCAUCAGGCGACGAUGUGCUCGAACACAUCAACAAGCUCAAGACGCUGGCGGAACAGCUAGAAGCGGUGGGGGCUCCAGUCUGCGAGGACGAUCUGGUGAUCACACUCCUCGGCAGCCUGAGUGACUCGUAUCAAUUCUUGAUCACAGCUUUGGAGUCGCGCUCAGACACUCUUAGCUGGGAGCUCGUGACGUCUCGACUGCUUCAUGAAGAAAUGAAGCGGAAGGAGCAAGGAAGUAAAGGUGAUGAAGCUUCGCAAGGUCAAGCGUUCAUCACAAGGGACAAUCAGCGCAAAGGGCGACCAGUGAAGAAGUCCUGGCCGUGCCACAAUUGCGGAAAGAUUGGUCAUUGGAUGGCGGAGUGCCCCUCGCGCAUCCAAGAAAACACGGAGAGACACCGGCCACAGCGUGCUCAAGACAGCGGCGACCGCUAUCGAUCACAACGUGCAAACGUCGCUCAAGAAGAAGACUCGGGCGACUACCUCUUUUCGAUCGGUGAAACGACAUCUGCGAAAUCGAGCGACAUCUGGCUGGUCGACUCCGGGGCGACGCAGCACAUGACGUGCUCCAAGAAGUUCAUGCGGAACUACAAGGGGUUUGACGCUGUGGAUGUCCAUCUCGCGGAUGAUGGAAUCGUCCAAGCAAUCGGCAGUGGGGACAUUGUCAUGUCGAUGAAGACACCCCAAGGGAUGAAGAAAGGUGUGCUCACAAACGUGUGGCACAUCCCAAAGUUAUCCAGAAACCUGUUCUCGGUCGGCCGCUUCACCAAGGAUGUCGGCCCAGUGACGUUCACGAAGGAUGGGUGCUAUGGAGAAGCGAAAGGGACCAAGUGGAAAAUUGGUGCCCGUGAAGGUAAAGGACUGUUCAAGCUGCAAAUGACUCCAGUGGCGCCGGAACAAGCAAAUGCAGCCAAGUCGUCGGGAUGUCAAGGGGGCACCAAGUCGUACCUCUGGCACCUUCGGCUUGGCCACAUAGGUCACGAUGGACUCAAUUGCAUCGUGACGAAGAACAUUGGAAUUGGCAUCGACAUAUCUUCGGUGAAGAAGUGGGACGUGUGUGAAGGUUGUGCUCUGGGAAAACAGACUCGAGUGCGCUUCCAAUCAAACACUACAGCUCGCACCUCCAAACUCCUCGAAGUGAUUCACAGCGACGUAUGCGGACCGAUGUCGAUGGCAACUUUCAGUGGAAAACGGUACUUCGUGACAUUCAUUGAUGACAAGUCAAGAUACUGUGUCGUCUAUCUGCUCAAGAGCAAAUCUGAAGUUGCGGCGAAGUUCAUGGAAUACGCUGCGAUGGCCGUGAUGAACUUUAGACUUCUUGGUCCGAGUGCAAAACGCAAAGUGAAUAUAUAUUUAUAA